AUGAAGAGAAGUGCGGCUGACAUGCAGGGCCACAGCGCCAGGCUGAGCCGCGAUCAAAUACUGGGAAGCUCAAGGCUCGGCUGCGCUCAGGUCAACGAGACGCGAGCACGACACCACCUUCCUGCUCACACGGUAAAGGGACCUUGGACACUGGGACCUGGGACACUGGGACCUGGGACACUGGGACCUGGGACACUGGGACCUGGGACACUGGGACCUGGGAUCUGGGACCUGGCAUGCUUGGGCCUGGGACACUGGGACCUGGGAUCUGAGACCUGGGAUACUGGGACACUGGGACCUGGGACACUGGGACCUAGGACACUGGGACCUGGGAUACUGGGACCUGGAAUGCUGGGACCUGGGACACUGGGACCUGGGCACUGGGACCUGGGGCACUGGGAUCUGGGAUCUGGGACCUGGGACACUGAGACCUGGGACACAGGGACCUGGGAUACUGGAACCUUGGAUGCUGGAACCUGGGAUGCUGGGACCUGGGACACUGGGACCUGGGACACUGGGACCUGGGGCACUGGGAUCUGGGAUCUGGGACCUGGGACACUGAGACCUGGGACACUGGGACCUGGGAUGCUGGGAUGCUGGGGCGGGGGGGCACUGGGACCUGGGAUGCUGGGACCUGGGAUGCUGGGACCUGGGAUGCAGGGACCUGGAACACUGGGACCUAGGAUACUGGAACCUGGGAUGCUGGGUCCUGGGACACUGGGACCUGGAACCGACUUGGCACGCCGGGGCCUGCCAGGGACACUGGGUCACUGGGACCUGGGACACUAG